AUGAUUUGCAAGGCAUCUUUUUUGGUUGAGUCAACCAUCAGGUUGCUUAUCACUUUCCCCUAUCAUUUUUGUUUGUUAUCAUCUUUAUAUUUCAGAUAUCAUGUUUCUGUCAACAAUCCAAUCAUUUGUCUUUGCUGCAGAAAACAUUGUGUACAAAGCUACAAUGUGUUUGAUUUUCUGAGGGAAAUUGUCAGCAGAGUUCCCGACUACUGUCAUGGUCAUUCUGAUGCUGGCACAGAGGACCGAAACAUUCCAAAGAGAAGGAAACCUGCUGGUGGUGAUGAGUGCAAUGAUAGUGAUGAUGAGUCAAAGAGGAGCAGAAUGCAUGAGACAGCUCCUGCAGGCUGCAGUGGCAGAGGUAGAGGCCGGGGCCGUGGAAGAGGUCGUGGAAGAAGCUCGAAAAAUGCAGAAAGGGAACCCUCUCACCGUGAGAUGGAAAUAGAACCAACCACGGUUGUUCAGCCUGUAAGCAGGACCAACACAGAACAUGGUGCACCGAUUGAAGAUAGUUCGGAGCCAAAGGAAGCAACAAAGGAGAAUUCUGCAGAGAAUGAUGGCACCAAUCCAGCUGCUCGAAAUUUUGACCUAAAUGCAGACGUAGACGAGACCAAUGAUGCAAAAGCCAUGGCAACGACAUCGAGUGCAGCAGCAGUGGUUGGUACAGCAACAACACCAGUAGCAACUGCAUCAGUGGAGACAAAAACAGAAGAAUAUCCGGGGUGGUCCCUUUCUGAAAUGGAAAGAAUUGACCCUCUCCAGCUUGCGCACCUUAGCAAGAGGAUAGACGAGGAUGAGGAAGAUUAUGACGAAGAGGGGUAAGUGUUCGAAAUAAAGGUGAAGUGAGAACUAAUGAGAGAGGCGUGGAGGCAAAAGAAGAGCUGCGCAAAGCAAGGCCCUUUUGUUAAUGUUUUUCUUUUGCUUGGAUCUUUCUAACAAACCUUUUUUCAGUGUCCCGAGACUAUUAUCUUUGCGCCCGACAGACAGUCUGCAGUCGUAGGAAGAAAUAUGGUAAUCUUAGUCCCAAGUAAAUUGCCUUUGUACUCUUGGUCUUCUCAUCAAUUAUAAUCACUAGUUAUGGUUGUUGGAUCAUCAGUCAGAUGAACACCUAAA